UACUGCCCCCCCGCCUGGCCAGAAAAGGGAGACAACCGGAGUCCGGGCGAUGGAGCUGGAGGCGGCGAGGCGGCGCUUCCAGCUCUGGCUCCGCGGGCUGCGGUCGCUGCGCCGCGACCUCCGCACGGCGCGCUGGGCCGACGACCCGGCGCAGCUCGCCAAGCUGGUGGCCGGCUACGUGUCCCACUUCGCCGACUACUGCGCGGCGCGCGCGGAGCUGGACCCGGUGUGGACGCUGGCGGCGCCGUGGGCGAGCCCCGUGGAGCGCGGCGCGGCCCACUGGCUGGCCGGCUGGCGGCCGACGACGCUGGUCCACCUGCUCUACACCGAGUCCGGCCGCCGCUUCGAGGCGCAGCUCCCGGACCUCCUGCUGGGCGUGCGGUCGGGCAACCUCGGCGACCUCAGCCCCGCCCAGCUGGCGCAGAUCGACGAGCUGCAGCGCCGCACCGUGGCGCAGGAGGACGAGCUGUCGCGCGAGAUGGCGCGGGUGCAGGAGGGCGACGGCUUGGUGGGCGCGGGCGGGGAGCUGUUGGACGUGGGCGGGCUCGUCGGCCGCGUCGGCGCAGUGGUCGCCGGGGCCGACGCGCUGCGGCUGCGCACCAUGAAGCGCGCCGUGGAGAUCCUCGAGCCGGCGCAGGCCUCCGAGCUGCUCGUCGCCGCGGCGGACAUGGAGAUCGGGUUCCGUGAGUUCGGGCUCAAGUACGACGGCGUCGGCGCCGGCGGCUCCUGACGUGCAGCCAGCUCGGUCAUCAUCGGCAACCGGCGCCGGCAGGCCCAGCCCGGUUUUUUUUCCAGGUGUAGCUGCUGGUUUGACUGGGACAGGGAGGCUUUCCACUCUUGUAAUCUUGUUGCCGCGACGAUUGUCCGCCAGAUCGGUGGAUCGACGGCUGUCGCGCGGUGAGUGUUUCGUCGUAGCUGGGCCGUGUCAGGGCGUGCUGUUGACCGAGAGACAAGUAAUAAAAUGCAGAGCAGAGACAGACGCUGCAUGUUUUUUUGGACUAA